GGAGUCUACAUAUUUAUAGUUUGGAAUUGGAAAUCAGUCUUGCAGACAGCAUACACACAUAUCUUUUAAAACAAAUUCAAGAAUAACAAACUCUUUCGAUUGAGUUGCAAAAGUCUGAAGAUGACCGAAAUUUCUGAACCAUUGACGUUGGCAAGAGAUGUCAAAAGAUCAAUAGAGCUCUUAGAAAAGCUUCAGGCUAGUGGAGAUUUCCCAACAACAAAAUUAGCCGCAUUGCAAAAGGUUCUAAACUCUGAUUUCUUAAACUCUGUUCGCGAAGUCUAUGAACAUGUUUACGAAACCGUGGAUAUUCAAGGUUCACACGAUGUUCGCGCAUCUGCGACAGCCAAAGCAACCGUUGCCGCUUUUGCCGCCAGCGAAGGUCACGCCCAUCCACGAGUAGUCGAAUUGCCGAAAACAGAGGAAGGAUUGGGAUUCAAUGUCAUGGGAGGCAAGGAACAGAAUUCUCCCAUUUAUAUUUCCCGGAUAAUACCUGGAGGAGUCGCCGAUAGACAUGGAGGACUGAAAAGAGGCGAUCAGUUACUCUCAGUAAAUGGCGUGUCUGUUGAAGGUGAAAAUCACGAGAGAGCGGUGGAACUGUUGAAACAAGCUGUCGGAUCCGUGAAACUUGUUGUGCGCUACACUCCAAAAGUACUCGAGGAAAUGGAGAUGCGGUUCGAUAAACAACGUAAUACUCGUCGCCGUCAGUAAAACUUGUUCUAUGUGGCCUGAAAAAUAUCGAAUACAACAUAAGCAUAUGCAACUGCCAUUGAAACGAUUCGCAAGGUUUUUGUGAUCAGAUAUUCGGAUGUUGUGCACAACAUAAUAAAUUGGAGCCAACUGAACAUAUGUGCUUAAUUUAAUUUAUAUUUAUUUCUUGUUAAUUGUAUUAAGUUCACAAGUUAAAAUAGCCGUAGUUUAUAAUAUUUAAUAAACACUUAAAAGAUAACCUUGCAAAAAUGUUACAAUUAAAAAAAGAAUAAUCAACACAAUAUUGAUGGGAUUAAAAAUGUUUGCCCCCUUU